AUGAAGGCGGCUGCGAGCCCGAUGGCGGAUUCGCCGAGACCCGCGUCCUACGUGAUCCUCUCCGUGGACCCCGAAAAAGCUACGUUUCUGGACACUGGCGGCCGCUCCGAACACAUGUUGGCCAACUUGGGCGACACUCGACUGGCGGUCAAGGUAACGACGGGCACGGAAUUGUCAGACUAUUCAAAAUUUUUAGUAAAUCCCACCUCGUUUUAGGCCAAAUGCAGCGAUAAUAAUCUCUAUCGCGUGAAUCCAGUGUAUAUCUACAUUGAGCCGGGUCAAUGUCACAAUCUUCUGAUCAGCCGACUUCCAGGUAGAAAAGCAAUAUUUUUUACCCCUUUCCAGGGCCUCCAAAGAACGACAAGCUGGUUUUGCACUAUAUUCAAGUCAAGGAACCCGCAUCGGAUAUUAAGGAAGUGUUCAAGAAUUCAAGCAGCACGGAUACGAUCAAGAUCCCAAUGUUAUGCCUCUCUCAUGAAGACGUGCCUGUGAUUGGGAACGCUGUUGCCGAGAAGAAAUGA